AUGUAUAGUCAGAUGUUAGUAGAAAUGAAUAUUUCGGAUGACCCUAAACAAAUUGGAUAUUACGCUGGUUUCGUUGAGAGUCUCUACGCCGUCGCUCAACUAUGUACAGCCAUCUUUUGGGGCCGUCUAUCUGACCACGUGGGUAGGAAACCAAUAAUGCUGAUUGGGCUUUCUGCCAUGGCGAUCAGCACAAUCUUCUUCGGAUUUCAAACGACUUAUCUGGGAUUGAUUAUCUGUCGCUUCGUUGCUGGCAUGAUGAAUGCCUUGUUAUCUGUGACAGGAAAUAUUGGGGUUUUACAGAGCAUUGUUGCUGAGAUGACGGACGAGACAAAUCACGCAAGCGCUGUUGCGCUACUUCCACUGUGUUUUGCAACUGGAUCAAUCAUUGGACCUCUCAUCGGUGGUUUUCUAGCUUUCCCUGCCCAAAAUUUCCCAUCAACAUUUGGCAAUUGGAACUUUUUCAUCAAUUACCCUUAUUUCUUGCCAUGCUUUGCUGGGGCGAUGUUGAACAUUUUUGCGAUUUUUCUCGGGAUAUUCUUUUUGAAAGAAACCUUAGCAUCCAAACAGAAGAAGAAAUCAGCGAUACAAAGAACAACAGUAUCAGAGGGUUAUGAAUCAUUGUCAUCAUCAUCAUCAUCUUAUCCAGACUCUCGAUCCGAGGUCUUUGUACCUCCUAGUAUAGGGUCAUUGUGCACAGCACCGAUCUUGAUUCUCCUCUUGACAUUUACACUGACGCAUUUACAGAACGUGGCAUGGACAGCUGUGAUUCCACUGUACGCAUUCACAGGCAUGAAAGAUGGAGGGUUGGGAAUGUCAUUGAAGCAGAUUGGUAUGAAUUCUAAAGAUUUCUCUCUCCAAAGAAUUUCCCAGAUUGAACCCAAGUUUCAUUCUGAGUGUGAAUGGUAUCGCGGUGGUCUUGGCUCAGCUUUUCCUUUUCUCACGUCUUCAAAGAAAAUACGGGGCAGUGAUGAUCUUCAGGCGGUCAAUCCUGACAUUUACAGUCACUUUUAUGUGUCUUCCCCUGGUGACGUAUUUAGUCCAACUUUUAGUCAAGCACAAUACCUCCUCUAUGUCAAUUGGAUAUAUGGCCUUUAUCAUGAUUUUGAGAAGCCCAGGCAUCAUGUGUUAUCCCCUGCCUCAUUGGGAACAUUGAAUGGAAUGAUGCAGUUCGACCGGAAUUUGAUAUCCUUUAACCAUAAACCUCAGACCUGUAGAUCUUUUGCUCAAGCAGUCGGACCAAUAUUGGGAUCAUCACUAUUUGCUCUUAGCGUUUCUGAACAAAUACUUGGUGGUAACUUGGUCUGGAUUGUCUUAGCAUUGGUUUCAAUUUUUGCUGAAUUAUGCUCACGUCAAAUUCCAAGCGAUCGAGCAAUCACAAUGAUAAGAGUGCAAAGUGAAGUUGAGCAUGAGAGUGAAAUCUGA